AUGACUUACGUGACUGAGACGGCAUAUCUGCCGCUGAGUGUCCCUAGGAGGGCUGGAAAUUACCACUCGACUACCCGGGUAGAGGAUGCGGAAGGCUUGGGUCGACAGGACGGGUGUGGUCCACAUGACGCCCGAACCAAUUCAGAGCACGCUGGGCGGGAUGGGAACUGCUGUGAAGGUUCUGGCUAUGACACAUUCGGAAAGACCGCUCUCAAAUCGGCCGCUAUACUCCGAGGUGGGGAGCUAGAACCGAAGCGUCACUUGCCUCCAUCCGACGGCGAUGCUGCGACAAAUGACGCGAGAGAUAUUUCCGCCACGUUACUGUUCGCGGAGGGCUCCUCUGUGCGUGCUAGGCGAUCGAAUGGCCCGCGUUCGUUGGAGAACCACAUUGGUGCAGGGUUAAAGUCUUCAAACGCGGAGGACACCACCAGCACACAGUAUGUGUCGGAGUGCCUCUUGCCUACUCCCCGGGGGAAAUUUCGGCUGAGAUCGUACAGGCACGAAGGAAACGGUCGGUCGAUGGAGCCAGUGGUCAUGGUGGCGGGAGACCUUCAGGACUUGGAAGGGGUGCCCGUCCGAGUUCAUGACCAAUGUCUGACGUCUGAGGUGCUGGGUUCACUUCGAUGCGACUGCAAGGAACAACUCGAGCUUGCACUGGACUAUAUUUCGGAGCAUGGUGGUUGCGUGAUCUACAUGCAACAGGAGGGUAGAGGCAUCGGGCUCGCCAACAAGGUUGCGGCGUAUGCCCUUCAGGAUGGCGGCUUGGAUACUGUGGACGCUAACCGACACCUCGGGUUCGACGACGAUCUACGCUCGUAUGAGGCCGUCGAGCACAUUCUCGCUGACAUGGGUAUCAAGAGCAUCAAGUUGAUGACGAACAAUCCUUUCAAGCUCAAGUGCCUGAAGUCGAUGGGAAUCAAGGUUCUCAGCCGCAUCCCCAUGCUGGUCGCUCCUAAUGUGCACAGCCUAGCAUACCUUCGGGCAAAGGCGCACCGCAUGAGCCACGUUCUUCAUCAACUGGAUGACGUUGAGAUUCUGGGUGAAUCGCCGUCGGAUGGCGCCACCGCGCCGGUGGCUCUUCCGCUGGACGAGGUUGGGGCGAUUCGGGGUGGGGAAAGCACUAGGGGAAGCGAGGCGGAGCCGGAUGAGGAGGGCUACGCCUUUGGACGGGAUUCAGUCCUGGCAGCCAUUGAGGCUGUGAGGUCAGGGAAAUGCGUCGUUGUAACGGACGACGAAGGGAGGGAAAACGAGGGCGAUCUCGUGUUCGCAGCGGAAAAGGCCACUGAAGAUUUGCUGGCUUUCACGAUACGUCACACCAGCGGUGUUAUUUGUGCCUCACUUGGAGCCAGGCGGCUUCAGGAAUUGCGUUUGCCUCAGAUGGUGGAAAACAAUGAAGACCCUAAGAUGACGGCCUUCGCGAUUACGGUUGACGCCAAAUUUGGCACCAGCACCGGAAUCAGCGCAGGCGACCGGGCCACCACACUCCGUGCAUUGGCCGAUCCGGAGGCUGGACCACGAGACUUCAACCGACCAGGUCAUAUCUUUCCCCUCCGAUACACGCCUGGAGGCGUGCUUGAGCGGGGGGGGCACACAGAGGCGGCUGUUGACCUGGCAACCCUCGCGGGCUUAUCACCGGUUGGCGUGCUGUGUGAGAUCACCACCAAGGAUGGGAAAGACAUGGCAAGGGUGCCUGAACUCAAAGAAUUCUGCGCAGAACACGGGCUAGUCCUCACCUCUAUCCAAGACAUGCGUUGCUUGAUACGAGAAAGACAACGAGCUGCUCGUGCCGGCGAGGACCCUGCACCCUACAUUGCGCGGUAGCCACGGGCAAUCAAUUUUUUUGGCUUAAAGCCCUGUACUUGUGGAAGUUGAAGUGUCGCGCCGUGGUGUGCGCCCAGUACCCUUCUCGAAGAGACAUCUGGAGAGGGAUGAUUUUUUACAUAAGAGGUGGUAUAGCAAAAUUUAGAACGUUCCUACACGCUGAUUGUUUUGCUUCCACGAUUUUCCGGUGUUUCAGAAUGGGUACGAAGAAGCACUUGGGAGUAGGACGCGAGUUAUCGAACACGCCGUAUGACGAACUAGCUUUGGGAAUUUGUAGUAAUAGACGCAAAACGAGUACCAGUGGUGUGAGUUUUGAUAUUGAAGCCUCACUUCUAAGGAGAAACACAGGUAGUGCUCCCGCUAACCCUGUGGAUUCAUUGCUAAUUUGUCCCGGACUCUUU